UUUCAUGUUCUGUCUGUUUUGUUCUGUUGUCUUUUUUUUUUUUUUGAGAAUCUGUUGUCUUAGAUUUCUUGAGUCAUUCUCUCAUCUUUUUCUCAGGAAAAAUCUUUCGUGGACAUUCCAGGGAAAGUUCUUUACUUUAUCUCGAGAUUCACCAAGAGAAACAGAACCCAAUUCCUCUGAAGAUGAAACCAUCAGCUUCUUUAGACGAGUGGAGAGAGUAUUUCCGGCGAGGAGGAGAUUCCGAUAUUUUCCAGAUCAUCGAUCACGCCAUCAUGGUGGCCGCUGCAGAUUCCCCUAACCAAUUCAAAUCGAGAAGAGACAGAAUCGCCGAGCUUCUCUUCUCCUGCAGAGUCUGUCGCUGCACCGGAUGCGACCACGUCGAGCUCUCUGUUCCCGGAGACGACGAGGUUGAUGGUGGAAGUAAAGAGAACAGUAGCAGAGGAGAUAACAACAAUCAGAUUGUUAGCAAUUAUAGUUUUGAUGAAGAAGCCGAGGCCUUGAGUGCUGCGAUUGAAGAGUUUUCUAUUGUUUCUAAGGAGGUUGUUAGGAUCAAAGAGAUGUUGCUCAACAGAGACGACGAGCCACAUUCAGUGAUACUUGAAUCCUUGAGGAAGUUAAAGUUGAUGUCUUUGAAUGUGGAUAUCCUCAAGAGUACUGAGAUAGGAAAGGCUGUUAAUGGUCUGAGGAAACAUGCUUCUGAUCACAUUCGCCAACUUGCAAAGACUCUCAUUGCAGAGUGGAAGGAGCUGGUUGAUCGAUGGGUGAACACCACUAAGGAUCUCGCUGGUGCUGGAGGUACACCAGAGUCUGCAAAUCCGUCAGUAGUUGAUCAAGAAGAAGCCUUUCCAUCGCUUCCUUAUGAUGUUGAUAUCUUUACACCUGAAGCUAACGGUUUUGAGAUUUUAAAUGGCGAUUUCUUUGAUUCAUUACACUUUGAUGAUCCUUGUAACUCUGAGGAAUACAACACAAGCCGAGAACACGAAAGAAGAAAAACACAGAAGAGAACACAAAUGAGGAUACAAGAAGACGCUCCUUUUAGAUCUAUUAAGCCAUCUUCAACUUCAGCUGAUGGGACUAGGAGACCUCUAAAGCAUGAAAUGGUAUCUCUUCACAAGUCCCAAAUGAAACCGCUUGCUACUGAACACAAGAGGAAAGCUCCAGGACCUCAACAACAAAAACUUAAAGGUCUUGACGCAGACGCAAAGUUUGAAUUUGCUAAGAGAAAACUUCAAGAGAGAUACCAACACCAUGAGAACGCCAAGAAGCAGAGAACAAUACAAGUACUUGAGACGAUCCCAAAGCAAGCUAGUGCUACUGCUCAGAAACCGCAGCUCAAGAGACCUGGAAAGAACAACAGGAGUUGGUCAAACGGGCGUAGAUAACUUCUUCUCUUGUUUAAAAUAUGGGUGAAUAACUCUCUGGUGAAAGUCAUUUAUUUUACAUAACAUACAGACAAGUAUCCACAAUCUCUGGUGAAAUAAGGUGAAAACAGAUUAUAGUUUCACAAGCUGGAGACAGAGAGAACAAACAGAGUAGAGCUAAACAGAUUCAACAUCUGAACAUUUCUUUUAACACAAACUGUUAAGAACUCCUCUGUUUUUUUGUUUGUUCUGUCUAAGAUUCCACCGGUUUGCAACCAGAUUGUUACUUUCUGUGUUCUUCUACUACUUUCCGGUACAGUCCCGGUUUAAUUUAAUCCGGUUUGGUGGUCA